AUGGAUCAACAAACUCCCAACACCCCUCAGAGCAAACUCCCAUCAAGCGAUGGCAUCGACUUCUGCAACAAAUACUUUCGAGACAAUCCACCCUCAUCCUGGACGUAUCGAAGCUUUCUCUCUCAUUACUCUACCUUAGUACCACCACUUCGACUCGACAUCGUGAAUUCGCGCUAUCUCAAAGCGCUCGAGAAGAUUGAGGAUUCCCCGGAAGAAAGCGCCGAUAGGAAGAAGAAGGCACGGUCGCUGAUUGACAAGCAUAGGAAUGCUCAUCAGCAGCACUCCAAUGCACAAUCUAGUACCAACGAGGUCGUCCCAAGUUUCGUCGUUCACGGCGAUAUUAUUCACUCAGGCCAUGAUGUUUCAAUUCACAACGGCAAUCGCACCACCACUGUGAGAAAACGGGAGUCUUCGUCGACCGCCGGUCGUGCCAAACGUAGGGCACUCACCGCCUCUUUAAAUCCGGAUCGUCCUCAAAGCCCCGAUAACGUAGCAGAAUCAAUUGAUGAUCCUGUUUGCCUGGGAGAUAUGGUUGAGGCCCGUAAUGAUGUCCAAAUUGUCAAUGGCGAUCGCGUAACUACUAUUCUAGAUACUGAUGACGACGUCACCGAUGCCCAGCCUGUAUCUGCGGAUCCUGCCCAUCCUCGCCAGUCCAUAGACCACCCGCAGCGACUAAAUCGAACGAGUGAGAAUUUGUGCGACUUUGACCCCGAUUAUGGCGAGUUCUACUCAGGCUUUCCAUUCCUGAAAAACCAAAGACGUUUUACUACUUCAGGCCGAGUCCUUGAGGAGAUUAUAUACGACAGAGUUCAAGACAACGGUGACAAUGUAUCGUCACUCGAGGGCAACCCAAUCCUUCGUUGUAUCCUUGACCUUGAUGACGACCAUGUCUCAAGUUGGUUCAAGGCGUCUGAGCUAGCAGAGCUGCGCGGGUCUCUGCCGCCGUUACCAGAAGUAGACGAAUCAUUCAAGUAUGCUGUCCGUAGAUUUUCUGAAGCCACGACCGUUCAGGAGUUGUGGAGUGUUGUGGAGUCCUCGCCCCGUCCUCCAAGUGAGCUCUAUGACCGCUCAAGGAACUUUGACGCCACCUAUGUCAACACUGCGGCUGGUUCGAUACUCUCAAUGAUGGAGUCUCUCAAAUCAUGUGAGUGGCUGGGCCCGCAGGCGCUUCGCGAAGGCUGGUUUGGUAGCAAUGUGUGGGGCCCUAUUGUUGAUCGAAGUCUCCUUGGCGUUGAUAACCUCGUUGUCUCACGUACUGAGAUUAAAUCAAAAUCAGAGCUGAAAGACAACAAACGGUUUGAUGCAAUUAUGCUUGCUCUCGCCGGUAUCGAGGUCAGCGAAUUUGGCGCUAUCGAGGUCGCCCGCACUGCAGACGCCAUUGCCCCGAAAAAAAGGGCAAUCGAUAGCACCAAGCUUCAGAACAUACUCCGUUCUAUGCUAUGUCAGCUAAAGAGACAGGUUGACGAUGACUGGGAGGUAGUGAAACAGCUGCAAGUGGUGGGAAUACAGCAUGUUGGUUUCACUAUCCAGAUUUCUCGUAUGACUGCCGUGAGUAGUAAUGUCUUCCUGCUUCAGCGGGGCCAUUUGCGGACUGUCCCCACAACCCUUGAGAAGUUCCAUUCCGUCUUUGAAAUCAUGCAGUCCAUGGUUGUGACCAAGAAAAUUCUCGAACGUUCAAUGGCAGUCAUUACGCGAUACAAAUCUAAUAUAACCGAGGGCAAAGAACAAUUUGAAGAUUUUGAACUCUGA